AUGAGGGCUAGACUCACACAACUUUUGAGCAUUUUAGUGGCCUCAGUUCUCCCUUCAUUUGUCGCCUGCAUUCAAAAUCUUGCCCCAGCUUAUCCAGAAAUUACCGAUCCGGGGAUAUCAAAGCGGGCCGCAGAUCAAAAGUUAGCUGAAUUUGAAAAGGUUUACAAAAAUGUGAUGCGUGUCAGACCGAAGAAUGCUAUCUUAUUCAUUGGAGAUGGCAUGAGCGUGAGCACUGUCGUUGGAGCAAGAUACCUAAAGGCAGUGAACCUGGGCUUGGCAGCGGGUGAACUUCAUUUGGAGUGGGAAAACUGGCCAUCCGUGGCACUUGUCCGCACACACAACGCGGAUCGUAUGACUACUGAGUCCGCUUCAUCAGCAACGGCCAUUUUGGGCGGUAAGUACCGUAAUGAUGCUACCAAUUUUUUCUAA